AUGAUUUCUGAAUGUCAAAACCUCACUGAUUCCUCUGAACUCAUUCUGAAAAUAAAACAACUUUGCUCCAAAAAACCAAGCAAUAGAUCUUCAGAUCAUGCAGUAAAACUGGAUGAUGAUACCAUCAGAGAGCCUCUGCUCCCGGGAUUAUCAGAAUCAACAUCUGGUGCCAAGAAAAGGAAAAUACGGCGAUGUAAAACAGCUCCUGCAGCAGAUAUCUCACUGGAAAGACACAGCAACUGCAAAGAUGUGUCUCCAGAUCCCAAGUUCAUGUUAACCAAUCUCCAACCAAGCUUCAAACUAGUGGCCUUUGCACUAGCUGUCUACCUUGGUUCAGGCAUGGUGUGUUUUUAUGCUAUCAGAGAUCAAAUUCAGGGCCACAAAACAAAUGACAUUCUCGAUGCAUUGUAUUUCUGCAUCGUCACAAUGACAACUGUUGGAUAUGGUGAUCUUGUCCCUAAUAGUAUUGGCUCAAAACUUUUGGCCUGUGCAUUUGUGUUCAUUGGCAUGGCAAUCGUGGCAAUCUUCAUCAGUAAAUCAGCUGAUUAUCUUGUGGACAAGCAAGAGGCAUUGCUAGUCAGAGCAUUACACAAUCAUAAAAACUCCGGUAAGGCGCAUUUGAUCAGGGAAACAGAGAUGAGCAAAGUGAAGAACAAAUUACUCAUGACAGCAAUGUUUAUAUCUGUCCUUAUGCUAACCGGAACCGUGUUCUUGGUAAAAGUCGAGAAAUUGAGCCUUGUUGAUGCAUUCUAUUGUGUUUGUUCUACAAUCACAACCUUAGGAUAUGGUGACAAGAGCUUCUCAACAGAAUCCGGCCGCAUUUUCGCCGUUUUCUGGAUAUUGAUUAGCAGUGUCAGUUUGGCUCAGUUCUUUUUCUACCUUGCUGAACUGAAAGCUGAGCAGAAACAACAAUUACUGGCCAGAUAUGUACUUACAAGAAGGAUGACAUUUGUGGAUCUUGAAGCAGCUGAUCUUGAUCAUGAUGGUUCUGUCAGUGGGGCUGAGUUCAUAGUGUACAAGUUGAAAGAGUUGGGUAAGAUUAGUGAAGAAGACAUUGCACUUGUGAUGGAAGAGUUUGAUGAUCUUGAUGUUGAUCAUUCUGGGAAAAUUUCAGCAUCUGAUAUUAUAAAUGCUCAAUUUACUAUACCCUAACAUAUUAUUAUAUAUUAACAACAACAUACCAUACCCCCACAAAAUCAAAGUGAUUUUUUUUUUUUUUAAAGCUUUAUUUGUAGGGAUUCUCAAAUCAUCUCUUGCA